UUAGUUUCAAGUUAGACUAAAACUAAUUUGACAGAUCAUUUUCAGAUUUCAUUGGUAACAUUUGAGUUUAAUCGUCUAUUGUUUACGAUUCAAUCAAGAAAGUACAGAAAUGAUCCAAAGUGCAGUUUUGAUGAUUAUUUUAUAUUCAAAUUUCGUAUCAUCGACAGAGGUCGAGGAUCCAACAGAGCUUCAGGAGAAAAUUUAUUGGGGUCAAGAUGUUAAACAAUGGGGUAAAUAUCCUUACUUUUGUUCAAUCCAGUUACCAGAUCGUAAUUACCAAUCGGGAUAUCGUCACUUCUGUGGUGGAGCAUUGGUGGAAAAAAGAAUCGUGAUAACAGCAGCUCAUUGUCUUAACAAUGCCUCACUUAUUAACGACUUUCUUAUUUUACCCAACUAUCGAAAUUCACCGUUUAAGCAUCCUAACGAUCGAGUCUUCAAAAUUAAAAGAUAUUUGUUGCAUCCAUAUUUUGCAAAACAACGACCAACGACUAUGCAUGACAUCGGUAUUAUACUAUUGGACAAAGCUGAUACUCGAAAAAAUGCUAGGCUUGAACUGCCCUUCAGAAAUCUUCCAUUUCAUACAUCGGUUACGAUGAUGGGUUAUGGGAUCACUGAAUUUGGUGAUCAACCAUAUACAUUGAAAGAGGCGACCGUUGUCAUACAAAACGAUAAAAAGUGCUUGGAUAGAAAGACAGGAUUUGAGUACUCUGCAUUUUACAAUUUCUGUACUCAGAAUAGCGAUGGUGCAGGUGGAUGUUAUCGUGACGCAGGUAGUCCUGCAGUUUGGUUUUAUCCACCUACUAAUACGACUUAUCUUUAUGGUGUGCUGAGUAGUGAACAAUCUCCCUGUGCUACGUUUCACACUGAUGUUUUUGUUAGUGUUUUUGCUAGUUUGAAGUUCAUCAAUGAUGCUUAUUUACAAUUUUCUCGUGAAGAAUUGCGAUGUCCUAGGCCACCUAAACCAGGACAAUUGAGAUAUGAGGAAUGGGCUAAACAACUUGAAUAGAUUCAUUUUAUCAUUUCAAUAUUAAAAUUUUUUGUUAUUUUUUGAGGA